GCAGCCGGGCGCAAGAUGAUGAAGUUUCGGUUCCGGCGGCAGGGCGCCGACCUGCAGCAGCGAGAACUGGCGCAGGAGCUUUUCGCCUUCAACACGACGGUGGAGCAUUAUUUAACAGUCUAGGCUACUCUGGCCUUCGACCCUGAACUUCGCAUCAUGGCCAUUGGCACCAGGUCUGGGGCUGUCAAGAUCUAUGGUGCACCUGGCGUGGAGUUCACAGGCCUGCACCGGGAUGCAGCCACUGGCCACACAGAUGCAAUCUCCUUGCCCGGCCAGGGCCGCCUCCUGACCCUGCUGAUGACAGCAGCCUGCAUCUCUGAGAUUGUCCACCAUAAUGGCUGUGCCCCUGAAGAGGCACUCAGCUUCCAGCUGCCCAGUCGUCCUGGCUUCUUGGGCAAUGCCCGCUCCGCCAGCCUUAUCCGAGUCACAGUGGUCCUCCAGGCUGCCGCGUACAUAGCAGCCCUGGGCACUGAGGGCAGCAGUGUCUUCUUCCUGAUGUUACCACCCCUGACCCUGGCUCGAGGGCAGACGCUUGCCCCAGGCGAGGUUCUGCGCAGCUCCCAACGCCUGCAGCCCACGGUAGCCACCAUAAUCUACGGUGAGUGCCGGGAGGUCUUAGACAGAGUGGUGGUGAUGGAGGGGGCACCACUGAGCCAAGCCAAACUGGCUGAGGGAGUGACUCCCGAGGGGGUGGUCUGGUGGCAGUGCCUCCCGCCGACUUCUGGGAGGCAGGAGGCAGCUGCAAGGGCCACUUUUAUCUUCAGCGGUGGCAUGCCCCGUGUUGGCCAUGGUGACCGCCACUGUGUGGCGUGCCUUCGAGCCGAGAUACUGCGACUGACUCACCUCCGCAUCAUCGACUUCUUCACAGUGCAUUAUGCACGCCUGGAGGAUGAAUUUGAUGACCCCCAGGCCCUGGCUGUGCUGCUGGAAGAGGAGCUGGUGGUGCUGGACCUGCAGACUCCUGGCUGGCCAGCUGUGCCUGCCCCAUACCUGGCCCCGCUGCACUCAUCUGCAAUCACUUGCUCGGCCCACGUGGCCAAUGUGCCCGCCAACCAGGCCCGCAUUGUGAGCGCUGGCGAGCAGCAGAGCUCCCAGCCUGUCUCCAGUGCCUUGUCUGGCCCAUCACUGGGGGCCAAACCUGCCCAGGAGCCAUCUCAGCGAGGGUUGCUGCUGACCGGCCAUGAGGAUGGCACUGUGAGGUUCUGGGAUGCCUCGGGUGUGGCGCUGCGGCCGCUCUAUAAGCUGAGCACAGCUGGCCUCUUCCAGACGGACUGUGAGCACGCUGACAGCCUGGCCCAGGCUGCCGAGGACGACUGGCCACCCUUCCGCAAGGUGGGCUGCUUUGAUCCCUACAGUGACGAUCCCCGGCUUGGCGUGCAGAAGGUUGCUCUCUGCAAGUAUACAGCCCAGAUGGUGGUGGCUGGCACUGCAGGCCAGGUGCUGGUACUGGAGCUCAGUGACGUGCCGGUGGAGCAGGCGGUCAGCGUGGCCAUCAUAGACCUCCUCCAGGACCGCGAGGGCUUCACGUGGAAGGGCCAUGAGCGGCUGAGCCCACGCACGGGGCCGCUGCCCUGGCCUGCUGGCUUCCAGCCCCGUGUCCUGGUGCAGUGCCUGCCACCAGCUGCUGUCACCGCUGUCACACUCCACACCGAGUGGAGCCUCGUGGCCUUUGGCACCAGUCAUGGCUUUGGCCUCUUCGACUACCAGCGCAAGAGCCCUGUGCUGGCCAGGUGCACUCUUCACCCCAAUGACUCCCUGGCCAUGGAGGGGCCACUCUCCCGGGUGAAGUCUCUGAAGAAGUCGCUGCGCCAGUCUUUCCGGCGCAUUCGCAAGAGCCGUGUCUCGGGCAAGAAGCGGGCUGCUAAUGCCAGCAGCAAGUUGCAGGAAGCCAAUGCACAGCUGGCCGAGCAGGCCUGCCCCCACGACGUGGAGAUGACGCCUGUGCAGCGCCGCAUUGAGCCCCGCUCUGCUGAUGACUCCCUAUCAGGCGUCGUGCGUUGCCUAUACUUUGCCGACACAUUCCUUCGAGAUGGGGCCCACCACGGGCCCACCAUGUGGGCUGGCACCAACUCAGGCUCCGUGUUCGCCUAUGCGCUGGAGGUGCCGGCAGCAGCAGUGGGUGGUGAGAAGCGGCCUGAGCAAGCGGUGGAGGCCGUGCUGGGCAAGGAGGUGCAGCUGAUGCACCGGGCACCUGUGGUGGCCAUUGCCGUGUUGGAUGGGCGUGGCCGCCCACUGCCCGAGCCCUACGAGGCCUCACGGGACCUGGCGCAGGCACCUGACAUGCAGGGUGGCCACGCUGUGCUCAUCGCGUCUGAGGAGCAGUUCAAGGUGUUCACACUGCCCAAGGUGAGCGCGAAGACCAAGUUCAAGCUGACGGCCCAUGAGGGCUGUCGUGUGCGCAAGGUGGCGCUGGCCACGUUUGCCAGUGUGGCCUGCGAGGACUAUGCUGAGACCUGCCUGGCCUGCCUCACCAACCUGGGUGACGUCCACGUCUUCUCGGUGCCUGGCCUGCGACCCCAGGUGCACUACUCCUGCAUCCGGAAGGAGGACAUCAGCGGCAUCGCUUCAUGUGUCUUCACGCGCCAUGGCCAGGGCUUUUACCUGAUAUCCCCGUCAGAAUUUGAACGCUUCUCCCUAAGUGCCCGGAACAUCACAGAGCCACUUUGCUCUCUGGACAUUAACUGGCCUCGCGAUGCCACCCAGGCCAGUUACAGGCUCCGAGAGUCACCCAAGCUGAGCCAGGCUAACGGGACCCCAAGCAUCCUCCUGGCCCCACAGAGCCUUGAUGGAAGCCCUGAUCCAGCCCACAGCAAGGGACCUGACACCCCAGAGCCACCCGAGGCUGCACUCUCACCCAUGUCCAUCGACUCAGCCACCAGUGCUGACACCACGCUGGACACGACAGGGGACGUCACAGUGGAAGAUGUGAAGGAUUUUCUGGGCUCCUCUGAGGAGUCGGAGAGGAACCUGAGGAACCUGGCAGAAGAUGAGGCCCAUGCCUGUGCCAUCCUGAUCAAAUGAGGAAGGCCAGGACUAUCCCGACCUCCACCUGCCCUGCUCGGAGCUGGAGUGCUGGAUCCCUGGCACCUGCCUGGCCCCUUAACAUAGACCCACGCCUGCUAACCUGUAGGCUCCACUGGGACCUGCUGUCCUGUCCUGCCUGACCCUGGGCCCUGGAGCAGCACCAGCCCCAGGGUGUGGGCCUGGGACUUGGGCCAGAACUGAGCCCUUCUGCAGGCAUUUGGCUGCCCUGGGGGCCCACUGCCUAGGGAAGAGGACAGGUGGGGCCCAGCACCUUGUGCCACCCCCUGCUCCACACACCGUCCUUCCCCCUCACUUUGCAAAGAGUAUUUUUCUAGCGCCUGGGCUGGACGGUUGUUUCUAAAACUAUUUUGGUACCUGCUCCUGGGCCAGUCCCCAGCCUGUCAUGAGUGUGUGUGUCUGAGUGUGGAUGUGACUGGGAGCUCUGCUGGGCAUCCACAGCUGGGGCCUAGUCAGGUGUGUGUGUUGCGGGGGGGUGGGGGGGCCCAAGAUGAGUUUCCCUGUAGAUUGUACUUUGGGGUUUUUUUCUGUUAUUUUGUUAAAAUUAGCGCCAUUUUAAUAUUAAAAAUACUGAUUUUUAAUAUUGAAAAUAAAAGCAUUUAAUAUCUC